CGACGGCGAGGGAGAGAGAACCAGCUAAAAAUAAUGACCGCGUGGUAGGACCGGGUCCGGAUCCCCGGUCUCGCACCCUUCUCGCGCCACCCGAGGACCAGAGAGGCCCGAACCGACGACGGAGACGGCAUCAUCAGCAGCGGCCGCAGCGCCCCACGGGCGCCGGUACCCAUGCGACCACCGAUGACGCUGGACCCCGAGGGACCGCUGUCCUGGACCUUCCGGAACGUGUCGUCACCGGAGGUCCCCGGCUGUGGCACGUGAAGCUUGGAAUGCGUCCGUGUUAUCAUCUGUCGCGUCGCCGUGUUGUGUGCGAUGCAGUGAACGAGACUUGGAAGACGGUGUCGACACCGCUGCUGCCAGAACGGCCCAAGACGUCCCAGUUGGAUUACUCACCCUACGCACCGAUCCUGUAACGCAUUCGCGUUGUCAUACUUGGCAGCUUGUGCUUAUUCGAUAUACAUUCUGCACACCAUUCCUUCGGAUCAUCUUCCGUACUCGUUCGAUGAGGGCCUUCUGCGAACGUCAUUGUGAUAAAGUGUGAACUGUGUUCUUCAGAUCUUUCGUCUGCGUGCCAUACGCUGAUUGUCCUUGGUCAUCCAACAGACUCAUGCUUUUUGCUGUGCUUGCAGCAAUCGCGUUUGGAUUCACCGAUAAGACAGCUAGCUAUACGACGUGCAAUGAUAUUGAGGAACUAGUGAAAUAAUCUAUUUUCAGUUGUUUUACUAUACGCAGUGUUUGCGCCGACGUCAAUCGUCAUCGGGAGUUAAGUUUCGUUUUUAGCGCGGGCCACAAUACCCAGCUAAUCGGAAGGGAGUGAUGCAGUGUUGAUGCAGGAACCCGGGAUUGAUUUCUCAAGAAGCUGCUGCUUCUUCUGACGUAUUUCGUGCCGUGACGUCGAACGAUUGUUGUCAGGCUAAACCGAAGUACGGGAGAAACAGCCCCCCGAAUAUACUUGUGCGAUACAAGUAAGCGAAACAAAAGGAAUGCGUUAAUAUAUCAAGCAUCAAUAAAAAAAUCGGAGACGGCCUUUUUAAAGCGCGACGAGCGUCAACGCAAGCAUCGUUGACAGUGGUUCGACCUCAGCUCCCAGCGAUACAGAACCCGAAGAAGUUGAUCUUCAACACCGCUCGGCGUGGUGACCAGGCUACAGAAAAGUAUUUCUUGCUUUCGCUGUUCCGCAGACGUUAUAGGUGCUGCUCCUGAGAUUUCGAAUCGUCUUGUGACGAGUCAUCCAAAGCCAAGAGGUUCUCCUGCGUCCAAAUCGAAAAAAAGCUCCAUGUUACUCCUUGAGGUCCUGCAGUUGCAAUAGAUCACCUAGAAGCAGCGACCAUCUGACGUCUUCAAAUCAAGCGAGCCUCGCGUUCCGUUUCGUGCCAUGUGGCCUUCAAAACAGUAUGCCAUGUGAUCCCUUCGCAGAGAGUGACUACAUCGACGACCCUUCGGCGGGAGUAGAGGGGGUCGCACCGCAGCGGUCUUCCGCUGGCAUCAGUCGACCACUGGUAUCACUCGUAGUACAAUGUGCUCUGGGUACGGACCGGUGACCAGCCUGGCUCCGACUUUGAUCACGCCUCGACGCUCCCUCAACAAGCUCCGGUGCGCGGCCUGCAUAGAGAGCAGCUGUUUCUCGCAGCAAAUGUGAGCCGCAGCUGCGGCGGCGUAUACAGCUUAUUGCCGAUUGAGAUAGGGCUUGGAGACCGCGUUUCGCGGCCCCGACUGAGCGACCACAGCUGUGCACAGCAAAGUUCCCUGCGAAGGGAUUUUUUAGAACGCCGAAAGAAACAUAAUUGUACGUACCAAUAGGAAGUCUGGCUCUUGGACGGAACGACGCUAGGGUUCACGGACAUUUGUCUUCAACGUGAGAAGCGGCGCGUGACGUCAGAGAGGGGUGUGUGUGUGUGUGUGCGUGUUUGUGCGCGUGUGCUUGGUUCGCGCUCGCUCCCGAAGGCGUGUGGUUUCGCGGAGGCGAGCCUUUUUUCUCUGUGCUCACGGUUCAGUGACGUGUCUGCUGACGGCAACGGCGAAUCUUGGUGACGCGAAGAGUGAAAUAUUCGCCGGACGAGAGGACAAGAAGAAUACGGCGAGGAAAAGAAGGGGAGCGACAGACAAGACAGACUCGAGAAGCGGCCGAGUAGGACCCAGGCAGCCAGUUGCGUGGGAAAUUUGUGUACGGAAGCCAAGUUGUCUGCGGCGUCAAUCAAGCUUCGCCUUGUGUAUGUUGACCGAAUCCCCGAAGACCGGGAAUGGAUUACGCUAUGAGGCCGUAGUUUCAACUGCGGCGCCUGCGACCUAGCCCGAUCCAGGUGCGCUUCGCCGACGCGUACAUACCUGCGCACACUACCUGGCAGUUUCGUUGGAUUCGUCCACCUACCGGGAGAAAUCAUGAUUCCUAGAACGGCGGUGACGAUGAGCAAGCGCGAGGUGCUCGCCCUGCUGGUCGUGUUCAUCGUGUACGUGGUCAUCGGAGGCGCCGUCUUCAUGGCCGUCGAGGGUCCCCGGGAAGAGGAACUGCGCAGCGAGAUCGCGCAGCUCAGACUCGAGUUCCACGAGAGGCUGGCGUCGCUGAACCUGAGCGAGCUGAACAGCUCGGACAUCAAAGGCGAUCGUGGCGCGGCUGGCGGACGCGCGCAGCAAGAAUCUCAUGGACGAGCACGGACAGGACACGCACACCAACUGGAACUUCUACAACUCCUUCUUCUUCGCCAUCACCGUCGUCACCACCAUCGGCUACGGCCACUUGGCCCCGUCGACGGCGUGGGGCCGCGUGUUCUGCGUGCUGUACGCCGUGGUGGGCGUCCCCAUGACGGGCAUCCUGCUGGCGGGCAUCGGGGACCACUUCGCCCGAGGCAUGGUGCGGGGCCUGAAGAGGGCCCGGGGACACCGGGCUCCGCGACUCGCGCUCGCCGCCAACCUCUGCACAUUCCUGCUCCCCUGGCUGCUCGUGUUCCUGCUGCUUCCGGCCGCCGUGUUCAUGUUCACCGAGGACUGGUCCUACCUCGAGGGACUCUACUACUGCUUCAUCACGCUCGCCACCAUAGGGUUCGGCGACUACGUGGCCGGCAACUUCGACGGGGACUACAUCUGGAUCUACAAGACGGGCGUGGUGCUAUGGAUCAUCUUCGGCCUUGGCUACCUGGCAAUGAUCCUGAACUACAUAUCUCGCGCCAUGCGUUGCAAGCAGAUCCGGCGAGUGGAGGACCGGCUGUCGGCCAGCUUCCACAGCACGCAGCACAAGUUCGGCCAGCGCCUGGACGAGAUACACAGGCUGCUGCAGGAGUUCGCCUCCAAGCAAAAGAGUCACCGCAAGUCCAUCUGGCGGGGCAAGUCCGGCGACAAGCGUCUCACGGACAGCGGAGGCGGCGGCGCCGAUGACGACGUCAGCGCCGACAGCCUGUGCGGCGGCUCGGACAAGAACCACAACACGCGCGAGGACCAGAUCCAGCGGCUGCUCACGCUCGUCGAGACGCUCAAGGAGGAGAGCACGCAGAACCUGUGCCGCACCAGGCAGCUCAUCGAGACGCACAACCUGAGGCUGCAGCUCGAGGCGCCGUACCACCUGCGCGAGGAGCUGCUGCCUCCGCGGGCCGAAGGCGGACUGCCCAGGGGAGAGGCCGCGCCUUCCAGAAGGCACAGCCUGCCUGUGCUGCACACGGACGCUGGACUCCUGGGCACCGGGACCGGUGGGGCCACGGAAAGUGGCUUCCUGGCCGUCGCCAAGGACUACCUCCACGUGAAAAACUCCGGUGGCCACAAGAACCGCAGUCACUUGGAGUUUCCCACAAACUUCUUCGCGCCACGUGCGUCGAUUCCUCUCUGCAACGGCCGCCUCUCGCACAGAGACUCGUACGACGCCUGACGUGUACGACGUCGAAAUAGCUGUAACGAAGCCCAUGGUGACCUUCGACCUGGACAGCUUGGACAGCACCACCAUAUGACCGGCCGCCGGCACAGAACUACGUCUUGUGCACAUUGUACGUGGAAGCAACGAGCACAUCGUCUUGCGAGAGUGUUGUAGCCGAAGUGGAUCGUGGUGCAUGGGUGCAGGAAGAUGACAGUUUUGAUCGGCGAGCAUCUGUCACACAUCAGCCUUCUUCGGUGAUACCGGUGGGCUCAAAAGUAGCGGCUGUUGACUCGCUGAAAGAAAGCAAAGAAAAAAUUAUCGGUUAGCUGCCCAUCGCAAGCGUAGCCAGUGAAGGCAACACUUUGCGGCAGAGUUGGAACACCCUUGAAUUACGUCGUCAGCCGCUACCUUAUUGCUUUCGCAUAGAAGCAAUCAUCACGUACGAAUAGCCAAUAGCAUCAGCUGAAUCAGUCGUUUGACACCAUUGGUGGUCGAUCAAAGGCGAUGAAGUUCGGACGUGCAGUGUGUAACGAAAUGCAGUCACUGGUUUCGAGAGAAGAUACAUCCAUAUAAACGAAGGUAUUUCUACAGGCAGUAUCAAUGUUGGCAUGGUCUGUAGUAGCGGUGAAUCAAAGCACAAUACAACGUUUUUUUUUUUUUGAAUUCCAGAAGGGCCCCGGUUCUUUGAUGAAGUUUGAGGUGUCACGGCAUUAAGGCGCAUCUUUUGCACAAAAGUGGAGCGACGGGGGCGUCCGGGAGCACGCAGCCCGACGACAGCUAAGACAGUUAUGCAACGAUGUGUGUGAAACAACUCUAAGUAAAAUUUCACAUACGCAAGACUUCGAAUCUCGUCGUCUCAGCUAGGCCACAAAACAUCGCUCGAAUGAGACACUACAAUCAAGAUCGUGUUGGGAAUAUGCGGCUACAACAAACUCCAGCUACUACAGACAUAUGUCGGUGCCGAGAUAAGCGUAGCGAAUGCCGGUGAAUGAUGGAGGGGGGGACGAAGGUUGGAUAAGAUAAGACAGCGUCGACGGUUUGAUGAAUGAUAGAUCCGCCUUGUGCAUCGGGAACGUACGACUUUGUAGCCAAGAGUUUAUAAACGUAGGCAUUGAUAUCAUCGUGCUGAUAAAAGGACGUUCAACGUCGAAUGUGCCCCGAUGUGCGCGUAUUGCUGGCUGCUUUGCCGUUAUCAAUGGACGAGAAAGUAGUACGUCGCGUCAAGCUGUGCUGUGAUCCAGAACAAACGUAGCCGAGGUGAGUGACCAGAUCUCCGUGUUGAAUAACCUGGAUGUACCUAUACGGUGGACUUUUCGGUGUUUGUGCCAGAUGCCCUCUUCAGCGUGGGCGUCACAGUGGGUGAAGUGUAAAAACGAAUGUAGUACGUGUGUGCGCGCAAUGGUGCGUCGACGUGUAAUGCGAGAACACAAAUGUGAUCACGCUGUGAAAAGUAAUACGGAAGAUUCGAACGCCGCUGAACGAAACGUCAUCUUUGUGAAAGUGUGGACAACUGCUGCUGGACAAUCUCGCUUCCACGUUCACAUGGUGCGCGAUAAACUUUUCUAGAUGACAUUUUCGCCCGUCUGUGUUAUAAACACGCCGUGAUGUGUGAAACUGUGUCUACAAAUGUGGGACUGCCCACACUGGCUGGGACGCUUAAGAGUGUAUUUCGUCAUUUUUGAGGCCGCGAUAUGAACAACAUAGAACCUUCAGAGUUGCCCCAGUGCUGCUCAGUGCACUUUUCGUGUAGAUAUUAGUGUACAUGUUUAGCGCAUGUCCACGCACGUUCGAUUAAACCAAACCGAACGUAGGCCCGGGAUGUAAAUAUACACAUUUGAGGAAGUGCUUAAAUAUUGCGCCCAAUACGCGAUGACAGGCUAGGAUCACAAGCCGAACCCUUCGGGUUUAUUCAGGUAUAGUUUAGGUACGCCUGUCAUGUUACACGAUGUCUUAUGAAUGUUACAUUUACCAUAGCGCUGUGGGGCGUGUCUUCUUCGGCUAAUGAUGCAAGGUAUUUUGCUAUUGGUUUGUUAACGGGAAGCCUACACGUACUCAUACAUACAAAGACUUGGGUGUUGGAGUCAACCGUUUGUCUUCUUUACAGUCAUCCGAAGUCCUACGACUACGCCAUUUUGUUGCCAAUUUAAUAAUAUAUAGUACGACCGGAUGUGACUGUCGAGUCUGGAGCGCCAUCAGAAGUUUUUUGGACUGUUUUUUGUAUAUACGGUGUGAAACCGACUCGUUUACUCCUCGGUGAUGAUGCCUUGAUGUGCCAGUCACUCUCAAAGCGAGCAUGCUCGGGCGUAAUGAUAUUUUAAGUAGUAUUAAUAUAAAAACAUUUUCUAACUACAAACGCACGGUAUGCGAACUUGGAUGAUAACGCAACACCGCUCUCGCCUUAGUCGCCGGUGUUCAAUUCUCGAACAUGGUGGGCCGUAUCGCAGCACUUUAGCUGUUUCUUUCUUGGCCGUGAUUCAAGGAUAAGAUUGCCACUGAGCUGGCGCACACAACGCGCUAUACACCUGUACAUAGACAUCGUUUUUGUACACCUAUACAACUGUAACGGAGUUUAUCAUUGCCACAGCUACGGUUAUGGGACAUUUGUUUUUGUAGGAGUUUGUAUUAUACGAUAUCGUUUCUCGAUAACUUGUAAAUACUUUGCUUUCCUAUAGAUUCUUAUAGUAAAACACGACGACGUAGGACAAAAACAAUUAAUGGUGGUGUUUUCGUGUACAUAGAGGGUUCUUUUUUUUUUGCUUUCUUCUCUCGUUGGUAUACGCGUUGAUCCGUGUAUAGUUUGUGAUUUGUAUGCGUGUGAUGCCGUCUGUAGAAUUUGGAAAGUGAGAGAAGUUGCCUAGUGUGGAGACGCUAAACCGGUUCCUUGCCGUGACGCCAUCUGAUUCCUAUUCCGAUAUACUCUAGAUAUGAUCAGGCAGAUAUGAUUCGUGUUGGCGCGUCGUAGUUGAUCUUCGCGCGAAAAAGGUGAAUGAAACACAAGUUGCUACGGGAUCGUCGAAAAACAACAACAAGAAUGAGACGACAGAAGUGCUGGCUGUUACACGGGGCCUUAUUAGUUGCGCAGACUUGUAUGCUUUAUUGUACUAAGCUAUUAAGUACCGAACACAAAACGCAACGGAUGUGAGAUAGCGGCAGAGUUUGAAGGGAAGCGUCCGCGCACCUAUGCGUCUGGGAAUACAACAGAGACAUGGAAUUAUCUCGAAAGAGGGGUGAGGUGAGUUGUAAUCUAUAAUAUUUAAAACUACCGUAGAUUUACUAAAUGCGAAGACAACUAGUGAGAAUAUUUUAUAUUUUUAUUAGCAAAAGAUGACAAGUACAGUAAACAGCAAACGACAAUAAAAAAAAAUAAGAGGAAGGAUUAGGGUGAUAUUGGCAAUGAACAAUGACGGGUGCGUUGCGAAGUGCGGGAUAACUGAUAAACAAAUCGAGCCUUGCAGAUGCGUAAUCUCUUUAUUAGAUAAAAAAGCGACGGAAUGCUGACGCAGCAGCUGAUGCUUUUCAUUGGUAUACGCCCCCCUUCCCCCAUUCUCACUUGCUCAAUUGUGGUCAGAAACUACUAGGUUACAGGCAGAUGUAUUGUCAUGCAGAUAAGCUGUGAAAAGAAAAGAGAAGUCGUUCAUCCGCGCCCAUGUCGAUUCGUCUUCCUGUGAUAUUGCAGGUAUGGCGCAGAUCUUUUUAGGGACGUUGCUCAAUCAACUAACCUAACUUCGCGUGCAGCCCUAGCUAUGGUGCAUGACCUAUUCAGCAGCCGACUAGCGAGGCUAGGUGGCCUAUAUCAACUAGCUCAUUGAACUAGUUUAUCAGGCAACUAUAGCAAGAAUUCGAAUAGUGCACAGACGUACACAAAAAAAUUAUAAUACGGAUGAUUAAUGCUGCGUUGUGUAAAAACAACCGUUAAGCAAGAAACGUUGCUACAGCAAAUGUUUCAAGUGAACGGGUCUUUGCCACCGCCUUAAAAUUGUGAAGAUAACGUUCACAAAUAAUAAAUUUUUGGAAAUGAAUCGAAAAUGGCUGAAAUAGUGCCCAAAGUGAAUCGGAAGCCUAAAUAUUCAAAUAAUUUGUGAACAUUGCAGUCGUUUUAUGAAUAUGUGUCACGUCGAUUUUAUCUAUAUUUUUAUUUACUAUUGUUUGCUCCAUUGCUGUAGUAAGUUUGUUAUUAUUUGAGUUGGUUUUAGCAUUCUUUAAAAUUUGAAAGUUAUAUGUUUUAGUAGGUGUUUAGCCCUUUUAUAUAGCACCAGCUAAUCUUUUUUCCCAAAUAACAGAAUUCGGCAAGACCGCUGCUGUUAGGGAAAGAAAAGGCAGAUAGAGGAGCAUCUUAAGAGAGUCUAUGGAAGUCCGGCCAUGAAAAUUAUCAUAUGUUCACGUAGUCUAUGACGCAGUGACACGAAAAGCUACAAAAAAUUCAGUCCAGUUCCACAAAACUAUUCAUCACAUGUAAUGUAAUUGCACGAACACCGUUUAUUCUUAAAUUAACGUAUUAUCCAGUACCGUACCAACACUGAAAUACAACUUGUCAAGUACAUUUGUCAUGCCACCCUCCUUGGUAGGGACUCUGCAGCAUGUUAGCAUGUUUAAAUUAAUGUUCGUGGCUACAGCAUGCUCGGUAGACGAAAGACGUCGUCGGAAAUUUGUCUCGGUAUUGAGUUUUUUUUUUUUUGCGUGGAUGGACUUGACAUUCUGAAGUAGUCUUGAAAUCAUUUGAGAAAUGUCAUUUUUCAGAGGAUGUCUUAAAAAUCUGCACCGAUACGAAAAUUACGCAUUUCAAUUCGACAGUUUGAAGUUUUAAGGAGUUUGCGCAUCCCUAUACAUUUGCUAGGUGCGGCUGUUAUCUGCAAAAUGAAGAAACCGGAAAGGAUAUGGGUGCUGUUUUCACUUUUUGCGAAUAACAGGUGCUGACAGCGACCAAACGUGACGUUAACUACUAAACUUUUUGGAGUUAACAGGUCAUAGAUCACAAGGGGCCCUUAGACGGAAGAUAGGUCGGCCAUCGAAGUGACGGUCAGCUCGACUGCGACACCUUAUCCCAGUUUAUACAACUUCACAUUUGCAGGGGAAUGCGAACUGCAUGGUUUCAAGUGCCAAAUCUUAUCGCAGUUUUGUCAAGUGCCAAUGACGUCCAGUAUUUCAAUUUUAAUGUUUUCUAAACAUGCCUAUAUGUCUGAAGUGCGCAGAAUACAAGGGUUUAGGUGCAAAAUUUUAGUGGGCCGAACAUGCAGGACCAUCGGGGGGACGUGGAAUCUUAUCUGCGGCAACAAACAAAAGGUUUAGGGGAAGUGCCGUGCUGUACUGAAGGGCAUUGUCGAAUAACUCUACCGCAAUUUUUUUUUUUAAUUUGUCAUCUUUUUGGGUCUGAUCGGGCCAAAAGGCUGCUAAAGCCUGUUUCAUUUGUUUAAAGUGCUGGCAUGACAGUAUUGAUGCAACGUGUCGGAAUCGAACGGCGUCUUGAUUAUAGCCCGUAUAUUUGAAUUUCGAUUAGUAGAUCCAACUAAGUUAACUCGAAAUCACACGUGAAGCAAAAGCUCCGUUUGUAAACCUUCAAACAUUGAAUCUUGGAAGAGUAUAUUUACCCUGUCCCCUCCAUAUACGCGCAGACUUCUACGCCUAGCGCAUGGAGCGUCGAGGUUCGUGAAACGUAGCCUUUCCUGUGCAGCAUGCGUUUUUCGUGAUGUAGAGUUCAACGCUGUACGAACGCGAGUGACCUUUUUUCUGCCAUGCGUAGAUAUACAACGACAUUUCGUGCCACAGAGAUGAGGCGAAUGAAAAUAGACACAAACUGUUGCCCAACUUGGCCUAAACGUCGUCCUGGUACAUGACAACGUAUUUUCCAGGUGCCGUUUAAAAAGAAAGAAGUGCAGGAACACAACGAAUAGUGCUGUCAUAGAUGAAACGUAGUAACAGCCAACCAGGCCAGGCAACAUGACGCCACAAACGAUCUCAGACGAAGAUUAACUAACGGCCUUAUUGUUAUACGAUGGUGUGAGCUGUGCGUGCCAGAGUGUAUGUGUGUUUGCGUCACAUGCUAUUAUACAUAUAAGUCAGUACUAUAUAUCUAUAGCGUUGUGCUCACACUUGUUCUGCCCUUUACCUUUUUUUUUCUUUGUAAAUAAAAGAUCAUUUUAACCCUGUUA